CAUUUGAUGUGUAUUUCAGGUAAACCCUUCAUUAAUUGAACACUCGUAAGCUCGUCGACAUGGUUAAAAUAAAGUAUACUUAAGCAGAAGCACACAAAAAACACAAAAAAACCAAGAAACAAGAAACACAAAAAACACAUUAAAAUACAAAAGACUAGAAAAAAAUUGAAAAAUCUAGCGAAAGGAAGAUAAAAAAUUUCAGGAAGUUUGCGAAUCGGACACAAUGCUAGCUAAAAGGACUCGCGAUGCAGAUGAUAAAAUUAUGCGCAAGAAAAAUUCACGACUGCGUUUCAAGAAAUUGGUGCUAGCUAUACUGUUGAAUAAACAAUGGUUGGAUGAUAGCGAGGAACAGGGCAUCGUGAUGAAUGCAAAGAAGAAUGUUGCUCUUCUCAUCAGGCAGAAGCGCAAAACGGGACUGUUAACAGUGGCGGAGAAAACCUUGCUACGAACUCCCCAUACGUUACGCACUAUAGAGGAGCGCAAGAAGCUCUGCCUAGUUGUAGCUGCUCUGCCAUGCUUCGCCAAUUUGCCGCCAAAACUGCGAGUGCGAUUAAUACCGUAUUUAAAGUUUGCCACUUAUGGAGAAGAUCGUGUGCUAAUAAGACAGAAUGAUGUACCGAUUACGGUUUACUUCAUGAUAUCUGGUGAGAUUGAAAUGAAGAAAGUUGUCUACGACAAGACAACAAAGAAAAUGGUAAUGGUCUCCGAGGCAAUCGUGGGUGGAGGCGAUGUCAUAGGCGACGUGGCCAUGCUCGAGAGCUGCCUGCGGUUGAACACUUAUGUAACGCUAAACCCCUGUGAGGUCUUGUACAUAACCGAUGAUGAGUUCAAAGAUGUUUUGGGUAAAUUCAUGCGAAAACAAUGGCAACAGAAGAAAGCUGCAUUAAGUUCGGUAGAACAUUUUAAUUUUUUCACUGAAGCACAGAUUGUCCGAGCAUGCGCCUAUUGCCAGCUGGAACAAUACGAUCCAUUGCAUUCGAUUUACUCAGAGGAUAGGGGCGCCGUCAGCUGCGUUCACUUCAUACUGAGCGGCGAGUGUGUUGUCUUACAGUGCCUCAAAAUGUUUCAAGUAAUCAAGCCGGAUGGCACAAAAACGUAUGAAUUGGUCACUGUCAAGGAGUCCGAGAAUGAUAUAUUUGCGAAUCCAACCAGGUCGGUUAAAUCUUUAAGUAGCUCGUUCCAUGAUGUUGGGCAAACGAGGGACAAGCUGUUGUCCGGAUCGAAAUUCAAUCUCAGUGAGCUAUUGGCAUCUUCAUCGGACAUGGACGACGAGACAGUGGAGCAAAAAAAAGCGAAGCGCAUAACGGGUCUGCGAGAAAUUGAAAUUGCCUGCGGAUUUGGUCUUAGCAAUGAACCUGUUGUCGGACGUGAUCGAAAGAAAUCGCAUGCCUUAAGUAAGCGACUAACAACAAGUAAAUCGAAGCGUUCCCUACUAGUUCAAUCUGAGAAAGUGACCAGCGAGGAGCACAUCAGUACGUUCUCGUCUACCACCGAUGAGUCUUAUCUGGAUGAAGAAUUCGAGCUAUUCGAAACCCAAACGGAUUCCCUCGAGCAUAGAUCAUCGUCGAAACUUUCCGAAUCAAGUUCUCCGGCGGAAUCCAUGGAUAGAAACAGUGAUAAAUCGAGCAGAGUUGUAACUGUUUACAAUACAGAUUAUGUGGAUACAUCUGGUGAUGAAGCAGCGGAAAGCUUGAGCGCGCAGUCGUCGGUCUAUUGUGCAAAUUAUGAAAAAGAGAAGGGGCCCUUGAUAAAUAAGCCCUCAGAGACGCAUUUCAUAGACGUCGGCUCCUUGACCUAUGGCGGUAUCUUUGGUCUGGGCGAAAAAAUUACUCAUCGUGUUAUAAUGGCCCGCACCGUGGUACAGUGUCUGCUAUUGCCUCGCUAUUGGCUAAUGGCUGAGGCGCAGAAUCCGGGUCAUAUCUGGCUGCGACGCAAAUUCUCGCUGGAAACGAAUAUACCGUCACGCGAGGAGCUAUUCAGUCACUUUUUGAAAACACGCCGCUGGGAGAAAUUCAAGCGGGAUUAUGUACAGAGCACAUUGAAUGAAAAUAGCGUCAAUAGUACACAGCCAGAAGAUAUACCCAUUCUUUGUCGCAUUGUUGAGACCCGAGAUAAUAUUUAAGCAAAUCGAUACUUUGGCCAUCCAAAUUAUUUGUCUGCCCAAACAACAGCAAACAGAAACGACAGUAUUUAUCAGAUAUCAAAAUUAGUGCAGUUAGGUCUAUCAUUUACCAUGUGUAACCCAGUCCGAUGCAAUAAAUUAUUAAAUUCCU